AUGAAUCUGUCUGUAGGAAGUCGCGUCCGCAAAGAGCUCGACGAGUGUCAACGGGACUCGCACUUGUCAGGCGUCGCGGCUAUCCCUGUUCACGCCACGUCCCUCUUUGAGCUACGAGGCUCGAUCCAAGGCCCAGAAGGCACGCCCUACGAAGGCGGUCAGUUUGACCUCGAGAUCUGCAUUCCUCCCAAGUACCCGUUCGAGCCGCCGCAGAUGCGCUUCCUGACCAAAAUCUGGCACCCAAACAUAUCGUCCCAGACGGGCGCUAUCUGUCUUGAUAUUCUCAAGGACGCGUGGUCACCCGCACUGACGAUCAAGACGGCACUGUUAUCGAUCCAAGCGCUCCUUUCAGCAGCUGAACCUACGGACCCGCAAGACGCUGAGGUGGCCAAGAUGUAUCUCCAUGACCAAAAGCAGUUCCUCAACACUGCGCGCUUCUGGACCGAGAGCUACGCCAAGCAGAAAGACACGGGCGACCAUGCAGCGCUGUCCCGACUCAUUGAUAUGGGCUUCCCAUCGGACAAAGCAAAGGCUGCACUGCUCGCAGCAAAUGGCGACGAGAAUGCUGCGAUCGAAAACUUGGUCAGUAGCAUGUAG